CAUAUAAGCUUCUAGGGAACAAACGUGCGAAGGCGCGAAGAAGAAAUUGUUGGGAUUAGGAGGCGUUGUGUCUAGGAUACGUUCUCGCCUUAAAUUGCCACGCCCGGGUGCAGCUUCCAACUCCAACUUCAAGACACCGGUAAUACCUACUCCUUGCACGAUGACGGCUGACGCUUCCUUCCAUCAUGCAGCCUGUUUGCCGCGAUCCCUCAUGUCUCUCCAUCUCUCUUCUGCGCACAAGCGGUCAUGUCCUUGACGGUCAAGUCAUUGAAUGGCGAUACUGCGUUUCUACUGACAUUUCGUCCUCCACUUCUACGUCCUGAUCUGUCUCCCUCUUCGCUGGGACCUUGUCCAGGCUCGUUUACGAUACUAGUCGAUCCCUGGCUCGUUGGCCCUUCCAUCAUUCUCAACUCUGCCUUCUCUAUAUCAAAACAGAAGGUGCAACCAUGCAUUGCCCAUCUCGACGAGCUUGAGCAUGAACCAGACGUUGUCCUCAUCUCUCAAGACAAACCAGAUCACUGCCACGAGGCGACUCUUCGCCAGCUGCCGCCCGACUGCGGGUCGACCAUCUUCGCUACACCCGCAGCAGCCAGAAAGAUCCGAUCAUGGAAGCACUUCCGUCCCGAACGCGUCAAGUCUCUGUCAAAGUACGUGGAAGGAGAUGAGCACUCCAUCCACCGUAUACUGCUGCCCCUAGCGCUCACGGGCUCGCAUGGUGAAGUCACGAUAACGUGGAUGCCCGCAAAGCGAGACAUCACUGCUCUACAUCAUGCCUUUGGGAUCACAUAUAGGCCUCCUGGUGCUGGACUCAAAAACAGUUCAGGGAGCUAUUUGGACCUACCGACCAGCCUUCCUGCGUCGCCUGGGUCGCUGAGGACGAUAUCUUCAUGUUCGUCGCCUCGCACAAUCGUACCUUCUCCGUGGGGACAUGUUGAACGAGAAAAAACUAUAUCUGUACUUUAUGCUCCGCACGGCGUCUCAUUUGACGUUAUCCGUCCGUACGCUGUCUCGCACCUGGUCUUUGAGGCAGCCCUUCCACUGACUGCACUCAUACACUCGCUUGACCGUGUUGAAAACCCAUGGUAUUUGGGGGGUAACAUAUCCGCUGGUCACAUCGGAGGGGUGCAGAUUGCUCGAGAGCUCUACGCCCAAGCCUGGAUCGCGGCGCACGAUGCCGACAAGGACAAUCGCGGGUGGUCGGUGAAGCAGACACGGGUCGCCAAGUGCACUAUUGACCAAGCCACAAGACUGUUGGGUGAUGAUGAUUUUGGUAGGGAGAAACAGAAGCCUGGUCGCACUCGCGUCGUUAGCCUUGCAUCUGGCGGGGAGUUUCGAAUCGAAAGAGGAUGAAAUGGUUGGUCUGCUCGCGAGGAGUUGGAGGAGACGGAAUUGACGUGCCAGGAGCAACAUACCAAGUCAUGGCCAAGCCGCCGACUCUACGAAAUUUGAGUUACAGUCUACGCGUGCAUAGUCGGGUGUAUAUUACGAGGCUGAUUGGACACAUGUUGGAAGACGUCAGUCCACAGGCGCGUGUUGACCAUUGGCGUGGUCUAUCUCGCGGAGUAUUUCCACACGCGGAGGGAUGGACAUGCGUUUGACGAGCGCAGUGGGGUGAUGCACUAUGUAAAGGGACUAAUGUAUAAUGUGUAAUACACUUGUGAAG